AUGCAUGAUUAUUCGGACGACGAUUCUGUCAUCAAGAUGGAAGACGAUUCGGACGAUGCUUUAUCCAGCGGCCCCGCCUCAAUCUUGCGAAGCUUGCAGGUUGAAAGCGAAAACCGUGACUCUCCUAACAGCUCGAUGACCUCGGGUUCUGUCACCUCUUCAGCCCCAGAACCAAAGACUAAAAUCACACUCAAGAUGGACAUCAAAUCCGAAAACUCGAACAAUGUAAGCCCGUACAUGUUCUUGAAAGCUUCGACCGCCUGCCGACCCAAAUCGUCCAUUCCUCCGAGGCUGUCCCCCUCCGAGUAUGCCAGUCAGUGUGUGGCAGCGGCUGAAGCCUCGAGGCUCGAUCCAUAUGCCUUGCAUGAAGAUGAACAUAAGUUGUUGCAAGACAAGUUGUGUUAUUCUCACGUCACGGUAUAUCUAAAUAUACGAAAUGGCAUUCUACGGUUGUGGACUCGAAAUCCAAGCGUAAGCGUCAACCUUGAUGAAGCGAUUGGUUGUGCAAGAGAUGAGAGAUGGACUCGUCUUGCUUGCUUUGCAUACGAAUGGCUCGUGCGACGAGGCUACAUCAACUUCGGCUGCGUUGAGCCACCCUUCAUCAGCCGAAGUGUUGGCCGUGGCCGUAAGAAGGAAACAUCACGAGAGACCAUUGUAGUCAUUGGAGGUGGCAUGGCUGGUCUAAGUACCGCACGCCAGCUCACCAACCUGUUUCAGCACUAUCCUGAUCGAGCUCCUCCAAGGAUCAUAGUACUUGAAGGCCGCGAAAGGAUAGGUGGGCGAAUCUACUCACAUCCGCUUACCAGCAUGCGAUCUUCCAGGCUUGCGCCUCAUCAAAGGCCUACGGCCGAGAUGGGCGCACACAUCAUUGUCGGGUUCGAACGGGGCAAUCCCCUUGAUGCCAUUGUUCGUGGGCAGCUUGCUCUCGAAUACCACCUCCUACGAGACCUCUCUACCCUCUACGACAUCGACGGCACCCCCGUCAACGGCGUGAACGACGCAAUGAUUGAAAGAUUAUACAAUGACAUUCUUGAACGUACUGGUCAUUACCGACUCAAACACACUGUCAAGAGAACUGCAUCAGGUGACAAGGAUCUAAUUGAGGCGGGACGUGAUCCUCCCGACGAGGAUGGAAUUACCAUCAAACAGUUUGAAGAAGCUACUGCACUGGGCACAAUCGACCAACUCCUGCCCAAUAAGAAAUCAAAACGUCGUGGCGCAGGUCACCGAGCUGCAAAAGGGGACAAAUCCUCGGAGGAAGUGGAUACAAGCAUGGAAACAAAAAUGCAACUGCCCGCUGCCCAAGCAGCCAAGGAGUUUGGUUUUCUGUUGCGAAAAACAACCCAGAUGCAUGAGACGCUAGAGCUAGAUGGUCUUGCAUUGCAGCUCAACCAAUCACUAGGAGCUGUCAUGAAUUCUGGUGUGGACCAGUAUCAGAAGUUUCUUGACCUCAAGCCCUAUGCCCUCCGCCUGAUCAACUGGCAUUUUGCGAAUCUCGAAUACGCAAAUGCAGCCAAUGUCGACAAAUUGAGCCUCCGCGGUUGGGACCAGGACAUUGGCAACGAGUUUGAAGGAGAACAUGCUCAAGUCGUUGGUGGCUAUCAGCAGGUCCCGCGUGCAUUGUAUCGCUUUCCAGAGCCACUUGAUGUCCGAACACGCAAGGCUGUCAAGAGCAUUCGAUACAGCGCCGCGGGCUCGCAGGCGAAAGCAACCGUCACCUGCGAGGAUGGACAAUCAAUUGAAGCGGACAAGGUUGUCUUUGCUGCUCCGCUUGGAGUGCUGAAAGACCAGUCGAUCCAAUUCGAUCCACCCCUGCCUCAAUGGAAGCGCGACGCUAUCAGAAGGAUGGGCUUUGGCCUGCUCAACAAGGUCAUCCUUGUAUUUGAGAAACCUUUCUGGGACAUCGGUAGAGACAUGUUUGGUCUUCUUCGAGCUCCUCGCAACGGACAAGGCAAUCAUCAGAGAGACUAUAAAGAAGGGCGUGGUCAAUUCUACUUGUUCUGGAAUUGCAUUGACACAACCGGACUUCCCGUCCUCAUUGCUCUCAUGGCUGGCGAGGCGGCACACGAAGCGGAAAGGCUCAGCGAUGAGAUCCUCGUUGGACAAUGUCUUGAGCAGUUACGCAAUGUUUUUGGUUCGACGAACGUUCCCAUCCCCCUAGAGUCAAUCGUUACUCGCUGGGGAUCAGACCGUUUCGCUCGAGGGACGUAUUCCUACGUCGCAGCCGAAGCAAGGCCAGGCGACUAUGACCUCAUUGCUGCGCCUAUACAAAAUCUUUUCUUCGCUGGCGAAGCCACCAUCGCAAGCCACCCGGCGACUGUACACGGUGCAUAUUUGUCCGGUCUGCGGGCUGCGCAUGAGGUAUUUGAAUCGAUUGCGGGACCAAUAGCCAUUCCGCCGACCCUCGUGCCCGCGGCCAGCACAAAGAAACCAGCAGCUCCGGUGGAUCUAAAACUGAUGGAUACCCACAUGGUGGUACAAGCUGGCAAACGGAAAGGUGACGAACUACUUCCCGCAGGAACCUUCACCCGACCUGUAAAGGAGAAAGACAAUGCCCUGCACGAGGCCUGGGACGCAGCCAUGUGGGUCCGGAUUUAUGAUGACCUGGGCCCUCCACCGGUCAAACCACAAAAAGCCAACGUGAAUUCUUUUCUCCUGUAUUCUGGAGAGCAUUGGGAAGAGGUCAAGACACGUCUUACAGAAGACCGAAAGAAGAGCGGCAAGAAAACCAAGCAAUCCGAACGGGAUCAGGUGCGAGUUGAGCUUGGGAAGAUGUGGGCCGCGCUCUCGGACGAAGAGAGGAAGCCAUACACCGACCGCACAAGCAAGAACCGGGAAGAAAACGACAAGGCCAUGAAGGAGUGGUCCGUCAAGGCGGCAGAAUGGGAUCGGCGCACGUGGGAAGUCAAGGACGUGUGGAUAAAGGAAGGCAAUAGUUUUGAGGAAUUUUGUAAGAGGCAACGGGAGGAUGAGGCGGCAAUGGACGCCGAAGCUGCAAAACGAGCAAAGGUUUAG